CCCCCCUCUCUCAGUUCUUGACGAUUCAUUAUGUCACCUGCAAAAGACAUUCCCAUCUUGAUUGUUGGCGGAGCAGGCACAUUUGGGUCCUCUACAGCACUGCACCUUUCGCGUCGAGGGUACACCAAUAUCCACAUCCUCGAUCCUUAUGCUUUGCCCAGCCAACAGUCCGCGGGUAAUGAUCUGAACAAGAUCUGUGGUAACGACUAUAGCAAUGGGAUGUAUGCUCGUCUGGCCUCACAGGCUAUUGAUGCAUGGAAGACGGACCCUCUCUUCACUCCUCACUUCCACAUGACUGGCAAAUUGAACGGCGCCUUCGGAUCACAGGCAAAACUCGAUCGCAUGCGCAACCGCUUCGAGAAACUAGUGAGCAUACCAGGCAAGGAGAACGAGUUCGAGUGGUUGGAUAACGAAGAGGAGAUUGUGGCCCGUGCGCCACACUUACAAGGAGCUGAUAUCAAAGGGUGGAAAGCAAUUUUCAACGCUGGCGCAGGUUGGGUGGCCGCGGCCGACGCCAUAACUGCCAUCGGUAAGGAACUGCAGUCGUUUGGUGUUCAAACGAGCUUCGGGCCAUCCGGAACGUUCAAGAAGCCUAUAAUUUCCGACGAUGGCAAGACUUGGAUUGGUGUGGAGACCGAGGACGGUUCCAAAUGGUUCGCUGAGAGGAUAAUAAUGGCCACUGGUGCGUGGAGUCCGACCUUGGUCGACCUGGAAGGACAGUGUGUCUCCAAGUGUUGGGUGUACGCACAUCUGAAACUUACCGAUGAGGAGUCGGAAUGGCUCAAAUCGGUUCCGGUGGUGUACAACGGCGAACUGGGCUUUUUCUUCGAACCACGAGACAAUAUUCUCAAGCUCUGCAACGAGUUCCCUGGCUUCACGCGUGAAGUCCCCGCUGUCACUCCCUAUCCUGGCGAGUCGAAUGACGACACCGGCGUCUCCGUACCACGUUCACAUGCGAAACACCCCACGGACUUCAUCCCGAAGGAGAGUCAAGAGGAUAUUCGUCGACUCAUCAAGACCCUCCUGCCCCGGCUUGACGAUGGACGCCCAUUCGUUGGAGGAGCGAUGUGCUGGUGUACUGAUAUGCCCGACGCGAAUUGGUUGAUCACGGAGGAUCCUCGGUGGAGUGGCGUCAUAUGGGCCACAGGCGACAGCGGGCAUGGUUUCAAAUACCUCCCAAUUAUCGGGUCCUACAUAUCCGACCUCUUCGAAGGGAAGCUCGAUGGAGAGCUCAAGAAGACGUGGGCAUGGAGACCAGGUCACGGUGAUCCUGAAGGAACUGGGAGGAAGGGCGAGGCGAGGGAUCUCAAGGACUUAGACGGGUGGGAAGGUAGUGACCCGAGGACUGACGUCUAAUCUGGCUCAUCUGUAUCAUCUCCCCGGUGUAUCGAUGCCUUGACUGUCGCGAGACAU